GAAAAAAUCCAUCAAUCUGUGAGCUAGGGCUUGUUGAGAUAGAGAAGAGAAGAGAGGGAGAGGGAGAGAGAGGGAGAGGGGUUUGUUGUCGUUGUUGUUGAUUGGAAUCGAAAUCAAAUUAUCAAUGGCAUCGGAUCAGCAAGAAGGGAACAAACCGGCAAAGAGAAAGCCAGUGUUCAUCAAAGUGGAACAGCUGAAACCAGGAACCAAUGGUCACACCUUAGUCGCUAAGGUCUUGUCCUCCAACACUGUCUUGCACAAAGGACGACCUUCUUCUUCCCACAACCUUCGUCCCACUCUCAUCGCCGAAUGCCUCAUCGGAGAUGACACCGGCACCAUCAUCUUCACUGCUCGCAACGAACAAGUUGACUUGAUGGAGACUGGAAAUACAGUGAUUCUUCGUAAUGCAAAGAUUGACAUGUUUAAGGGAUCAAUGAGGCUUGCCGUUGACAAAUGGGGGCGUAUUGAGGUCACUGAACCUGCAAAAUUUGAAGUCAAAGAGGAUAACAACUUAUCUCUGGUCGAAUAUGAAUUGGUGAACGUGGUUGAAGAAUAAUGCCAUAGUAAGAUGCAAAGAUAACUUUGAGUUAUUUACGGUGCAAUGGAUACUGUCAAGGUAAAACUUAACUGGCUUAUGGAUGGAUGCGUUGGUUGGUAUACAUUCUCACUUUAAUUAGCCUGUAUUUUCCCUUUUAACAUGCUUGACAUCAUUUAGGGUCAAGUUGGUCUCACUUGAACAGUGUUGUGUCAAGCGAUUAAGAUUUGCUAUUAUCUUUAUCAGCAACUGUAUCCAACGAACUUAAGAAAGUAUAAUAUUGUGUUAAUAUAAUUAUCCAUAUGUUUCUAUGCA